ACAGAGAGAGGACGAGAAGAAGAAGAAGAAGAAGAAGAAGUCAGAGAACAGGGGAAGGUAUUUUAUUUGAACUGCUUCUGGAAGUAACUAAAUCAGUUAAUGGUGAUAUAGCCCUGGAAAUGUGGAACAGAGGAGAUGCAGAGAAGAACUCCUGCGUGGAUCAGCUAAGGGAUUCUCCGCCAUGCAAAAAAUUAUCCCAUUCCAUCGAAGCGAUACUGAGGAGGCCCAUGUGUGUCCGAAAGGAGAAGAGAGUCCACCGGAGCUGGUCCGUCAUCAAGGAGAACCCCAGGGAAUCGAUACAGCACUCGUGUACAGAAACUCCACAAACCCGAUUUCUUGAAGAGUCUCCAAAGGCCACGUCAGACUGCAUCGGUCGGAGGAAGAAAAGGCAAACCAGGGUGACGUUCACACCGUUCCAGGUGAAGGAGCUGGAGAAGGUUUUCCAGCAGACUCACUACCCAGACGUCAACACCAGAGAGCAGCUGGCCUUGGGUCUGCACCUCACCGAGGGCCGGAUACAGAUUUGGUUCCAGAACCGCAGAGCCAAAUGGAGGAAGACAGAAACCCUGAAGGACCUGGAGCUGAUCUCCAGCCAGCACGUCCAGUCCUCCAGUCACGAGCUGCAGUAUUAUGAGGAACCUCGUCUGCAGCCGGUGUGCUGGCUGCCAUGUUGCCUCCCGAAACCUCCUCACCCCCGGCUGCUCCCCAGAACGACUUCAACAGCGUCAAAGCCCGUGCUGACCAACACACAUUCCCCAGAUUACAGGACUCUCUAUUUUGAUCUGCUGGGAACAGAGAGAUAGCACAGUUCCUAUUUUUUUUAACGCUGAUGACACUGUUCUGUUUCUUUGAUUUCUCGCGGUACAAAGAUCGCACUGACUUUCUGAUGAUACACAAAAUGGCGUCUAAAUGUGUUGUCCACCUGAACUACUGUUUUGCAUUUUGUUCAUUUACUGUUGAUAAACUUUGACCAUUCUCUGUCUGUCUCCGUUUCACAUAUAACUCUGUCCUAUCAAAUAA